GGAAUUUUCAGGUAUUAUUUGCAAACUGAACUCAGUCACGGUACAAAUGUAGCUCAUCUAGAAACUACUUCAACGUAUAUCCCAGAAACCCAAGAGUUCGAAAUAAACUCCCCAAGUCUUAUGAGCACUAAAUGGUGGAUCAGCACUCUGGGAAAGUUUGCAACUCAUGGUGUUGUCCAAGCAAAGUUGAUCUUGCCAGAUGGAAAGGAUAUGGGACCUCAUCUCUUCUUCAUGCAACUGCAGUCAUUA